GGAAGAAAAACCUCUGUUGUGUUGAGUCGGAGCUCUCAUGCGUAAGUAAAACAUAUAACGAUCCGAACUUCAGCCACGUCGAAUUCUAAGUUAAGAUGAGUGCAGCUUCCACACCCGUCUCCCGGGUACGUGAAGGAUGGACAUCGUCCUCCUUAAAAAACAAGGGUUUGUCACCUGCAGCCUGCAGUACCCCGCUGCUGGCAGCCUUCCCUGGAAACGAUGACGAGCAGGAGAGACGUCAGCGACGAAGGUCAAGGGUCAUUGACCUUCAAACUGCCGCAGACUCUUCUUUCAACGACUCUGCAUCCCAUAGUGCUGCAGGGACUCCUGCUGCUGUGCCCAAGCUGUCUAAUGCACAGAUCUCAGAGCAUUACUCAACCUGCAUCAAACUCUCUACUGAGAAUAAAAUCACCACCAAAAAUGCCUUUGGUCUCCAUCUGAUUGAUUACAUGGCUGAUAUACUCAAGCAGAAGGACUCUGAACUCACAAAUUUCAAGGUUGCAGCUGGUACUUUGGAUGCCAGUACUAAAAUCUAUGCUGUCAGAGUGGAUGCUGUUCAUGCUGAUGCCUACAGGGUCCUCGGAGGACUUGGAGCUGAGACUAAACCUGGAGACGACCGUGCUCUAGAGGACGAUCAGAGGGAUGAUGAAGGUGAACCAACAGCCAAGCAGCUGAAGAAGAAGAAGCCUCCAAAGAGGACAGUGGAGCAGAAUCUGAGCAACAUCAACAGUGCUGACUCAGAGAGGAAAUGUGAGGUGGACCCCAUGUUUCAGCACAUGGCUUCAUCUUUUGAUGAAAGCAGCACAGCUGGUGUUUUCCUGUCGGUUCUGUUCAGUGAGAACAGUCGCUGUGAGCUGCUCUUUCCCUCCUACAUGACCCUCCUGCAGUCCAGACCUUCAUACUCACCUCCACCUCCUCAGGGAGUCUCUGCGUCUCCGUUCAUGGCGGGACUCCAACGUACCCAGGAGAAAAGCUCCAUCUGCCCUUCACUGCAGGACUUUUCCUUCACUAGCUGGAACCCGGAGCAGACAAUGAAUCAGCUCUUGGAAAAGAUGAAGCAGGGAGAGCACGUGUUUGAUGUGAACGCUGAACCUGAACCUGAGCCUGAAGAAGAUGACUGCCUCGACUUUGAUGCAGAUUAUGAGGAGGGACUGGCCGACUGUGACGACGGAGCCAAAGAACACAAAGACGGAUGUGAGGCUUCUGGCUCCGGCAAAGGAAGGGAUGUGAUUCCCAUCGGAGAGGGAGACAUCGCCACUAUGUGUCUGCAGCUGUCGUCUCAACCCAGAGAUUACUCGUAUUUCAGCCCCAGGACGAUGGCAACGUGGGCUGGACCCGGAUACUGGCAGUUUAAACCAAAACACAAAUUGGACCAUUUGCCUGAUAAGGAGCCGCGUAAAAGGAAACCCAAGAAGAUAUUUGAAAUAGACUUCAAUGAUGAUGUCAACUUUGACACAUAUUUCCGCACCACAAGGGCUGCCACCACUAUCACUAAAUCUGCCCUCAAUGUCAGACACAGGAAAACAACUCUACCAGCCAACUUCCAGUUUCCCCCAGAGACACUCUCCCAGCUCAGCCUUAAACCUUCCAGCUCGUUAUAUCAAGAAGGACAAAAGAGGCUCUCUGGAGAACUUGGAGAAGGCAUUGGAGACUAUGACUACAACAACGCUAAUGACACAGCCAACUUCUGUCCGGGUCUUGAGGGCGGCGACAGUGAUGAUGACGUUGAAGGGUUUGCUGGUUCAGACGACACACAGCCAUCAGGUGACAGUUUACCUCCACCAUCCCAAGAAUUUGAAGGCGUUACCACUUACGGGGAGGACGAUUUGGUACCUGAACCACACAGGGUCAACAAGAUCGAGAUCAACUAUGCUAAAACCGCCAAGAAAAUGGACAUGAAGCGACUGAAGAACAACAUGUGGACUCUCCUGACAGAAGGCCCAGAAAAACCCACAGAGGAGGUGGACACAGUGGAGAAACCAGGGGUGCGUGGGGAGAAGGCGUUCAGUGAGACCACGAAAUCACUGCUUAAAAGACUGCCAAGUACGAUGGCACAGAACUUGUCGGUACCUCUGGCCUUUGUGGCUCUGCUUCAUCUUGCCAAUGAAAAAAAUUUGGAGUUGGUAAAGGUUGACGACAUGUCGGAUAUCAUCAUCAGACAAGGCCACUGAACACAGAUGAAUGAUGGGAUAUUUGAGUCUUCGCACCUCUUUUAACGCUAUUCUCUACCUGUUCACCUCCUUUACUUUGUAUCAUAUAAUUACAUCUUCGUGUCCAUUUCGUUUAGAUUUUAUCAUCUUGUUUAUGUAAUUUUUGUAGCGACUAUGGGACAAGGAACUAUUCAGGUCACUGUUUCUUUUAUUCAUUGAAUAGUGCUUUAAAAAUGUCCUUCCUUUUUAUUCUGUCCUGUUGCUUAUCGUAGAUAUUUAACUGCUCGACUGCUGCUCAAAAAAUGUAUAUUGUCAAAAGAAAUAAAACAUUUUCCUUUUUUUUUUU